AAUUAUUAGAAUUUAGAAAAAAUAGCUUGAUCCUCCAACCCCAUGGUAUUGAAAAAACUUCUUGAAUAAUCUUCAAAUCUGCAGAUCACAAAACGGAAAAGAAUAGAAGAUUCUGGAUGAUCGUCAAUUAAAAAUGGUUAUCGAGUUGAGAAUUAAAUUUUGAUAGGGUUUGUUAUGUAAGUGUAGCUUUGUUGUCAAUGUUAAGGUGAAAGGACGAUCUAACCGUUCGAAAUCACUAGAGCAAAUUAAACUUCCGCCAUUCCGUGAAGAUUUGUCGAGCAGGUUGCCAGACCGUUCAUUGUCUUAGCCAUACACCCCAGUCGGCGGGUAGAUAUACUUUGUUGACAGGAAUUUUAGCAUUUGUUUAGAAAAUGCGUAAUAAAUCACGCAGCUUUCAAAAUGCAGCCUAGCCAUUUAAUGACGAGAAGUGCCAGAGUUUUACUUGCUGUACGGUACUGUGACCUCAACCAUUCACGGAAGGAGCCAUUUCAAUCGUCCCACCUAUUUUCAAGGCUGAUUCGUGGAGAUUUCAUUCCGGAAAAGGUUUACAGAAUUACCUUUUCAAGUCCUGUCCCCGGUCAAUAGAAGUAGGCAACUAUACCAAAUCAUGGUGCGUAUUUUUAUAAAUCUGCAGCAGAGGUAAGUAUAUUCAUUUGCAUCAUUACGUGACCAGUCAUUAUACAAAUUAACCCAAUUCGCAGUUGUUUGCAACAUUGUGACGUUUGCUAUAUCGUCUUUGUCUUUCGCAGUAACUAGUAAUUUCAGAUUCCAUUAAAGGUAAGAUGUCUGUUUGUGACGUCUGCGUUGUCUCUUGUCUUGUUGCUUUAUCGUCUGCUUUUCUUGUCGUGUGGUAUGAGUGAUGUACGAAAGGUACCCAUAAUCCAACACAUUUUCUUUCAGGAAUACGAACAAACUGAGAACACUGUUAUCAUUGUUUCUUAAAUUGCUACAAAUAAAUUUCAGCAACCACUCCAAAUCCUUGUACAGAGUUUCGUGUGGCCCGAAAUUUGUCUGAGGAAUGUGGAAAUCACAGCAACACGGGUUACUGUGUUCCAGACAACAGCGCGUGCUUACCUUCCCUUGACGGAACUGACUGGAAAUGUCUGUGUAUUAAUGGGUACUUCACGUACAACUCCUCAUGUGUUCAAGCACCACAAGCUCUCUUUGAAACUAAGGAUGUGAAUCUAGGAAUAUUCAAAAGUGAUAGAAUUGUGUAUAUAAACCAAGACAACGUGAAUAAUUCAGAGCAUUAUUUUGAAUUUGGAGAAGAGGUUAAAGAAGUUGAUAGCGAUAAAGGCGGAUGCGUUCUGAAAACCUUAAAUCCUGGAUUCAGUUGCUCUCUGAACAGUUCCGGAAUAACUGUUAGGAUAACUGAGACGCUCAGUAGUAAACUGUACCACGUCAUAGCCCACGUGACUGUUUCGAUUGGUCUGGAACAAGCAGACGUUGACGAUACAUUAGCGAUAUCAUUUUAUGUUCAAACUGUUCGAGCGAACCAAACGAUAGUUCUGCUUGAUGGAACGUUGAAAAACACUCUGGUUACAACAGUCGAUUUGAUGCCAACUGAAACCAACCUUGCCUUAUCGGGAGAUGAUCGGUUUUACUUCGACAUAGAUUCGGCAGGAAUUGUAAGAACAAAUAGUACAAUAUCAUUAGAUGGUUAUGAUCCCAAACCUACUUCUAAGCUAUUCAAUGUAUAUUAUUUGGGGCCAAGUGAAUAUCUUUAUAUUGACAUCGUUGUAUACAGACCGAAAUAUGAAAUGAACAUUAAUGAAAACUCAAAUGGAACCGUGGUUUGCAAAACUUUAUCAAGUGAUUACAGUGCGAUUUUGCAGAAGAGUGAUUUCGUCGCAUUGCAAUCUGACGGUCUCGUAGUUGUUCAGAAACCUUUUGAUUAUGAAGCAGAAACUCUAGUUAACAAAGAAUAUACUUUCGACCUAUUUAGCCAAUACAGUGGGAGAAAUUUUACAACAAGAGUGACAUUAAAUAUCAUUGAUGAAAAUGAUGAAGCACCGUCCUUUCCAUCAAUCAAUAUGACGUACAAUUUCAAGGCAAUUCAGUCCGAUUUGAAGACUGUGAUAGGCGUGGUUUCAGCAGCCGAUCCCGACACCGUUGGAAAGCUCAACUACAGUAUCAAAGGGUUUACAGGAGAUCCCAGAUUUUCUGUCAGUCAAUCUGGAAUAGUCACUAUGGAAAGCGCUCAAAAAAGUGGUGAUGCCAUCGUCACGGUAUCGGAUGGAAAAUCACAUGACACCGCGUCAGUUCAUGUUGAGGUCAUUCCCGUCGUGAACAAUGAUACUCACGUGCAGAUAAACUCUACGUGUUUCGUGUAUGAAAACGAAGCCAUUGGCACACAUAUUUGCAAUGUUACCGAAACUGGAUACACGGAUUAUAUAUUUGACUCAGCAGAUGCACAAAAUCUUUUUAAUCUGGACAAAAAUACGGGUGUCAUUUCAACCAACGCUGGAUUAGACAGAGAAACAAAGUCUUCCUACAAGUAUUCAAUUCUUGCUAAAGACGAAAAGUUGUCAUGCAAAUUUGCUAGUAUACAAGUACAGAUUUUGAUAAAAGAUAAAAAUGACAACUCGCCAAAUUUCAGACCAGCAGCAUACAAAGGGUCGGUUUCUGAAAAUGCUGAUGUUGGAACAAAAGUAAAAUUGGAACAACCUAUUAGUGUUGAGGACGAAGAUGAAGAUCCCACAUUCACUUACAAUAUAACUGGAGGGAACUUUAGGAUAAAUUCCACUAGUGGGGAGAUUUACACGGCGAGUAAACUGGACAGGGAGACAACAAACAAAUUCAGCCUUACUGUGGGAGUUUUUGAUGAAAUUCACGCGGUUUCCACAAGUGUUGAAAUUGAAGUAGAAGACGAGAACGACAACUCGCCGAUACUGCCCAAUGUAACGUUUUUUUCGGUUCCUGAGAAUGCGUCCGAAGACGCAGAAAUAGGACAACUUCAUGCAACUGAUGCAGAUAUAGGGGAAAAUGCAAAACUAUCUUACACUGUGGAUUCCGACUAUUUCCGUGUCACGCCCACAGGAAUGUUGAUACGGGAUCGAGAACUGGACAGAGAAACACAGGAUCUGCACGUGUUCAACUGCACUGUGUCUGAUAAUGGACGUCAACAACGCUCCGUAACAUCAAGGGUUGAAGUGACCGUAACAGAUAUCAACGAUCCACCUGAAGUCAAUAACAGCGGAGAAUUGUUUAACGUCCCAGAAAAUUCGAACUGUACAGUGGUUCCGAAUAUGACGUAUUUCUUCACAGAUAAUGAUCUUGGCAACAAUAGAGAAUUGAACUUUACUGUUCAGAGUGCCACGGGGAUUUUUUUCAUCGAUUUAAACGGUGUGCUGUCAUGUCCAGUUCUAGACUAUGAAAAAAGCGAAAAGUAUUAUGAGGUGAAAAUUGAGGCGACUGAUAAUGGCAACCCCGCUUAUUCAGCAACUGUAUCAAUUUUCAUUGCUGUGGAAGAUGUUAAUGAUAACGCACCAGAGCCAAGUGAUGAAAGGGAAUUCGAACUAACAUUUUACGGUGGAGAAUGCAAAGGGGCUAAUUGUUCCAAACUAGUGGCUCUCAUCACAGCUUCUGACGUUGACUCCGGCGACAAUGGAGAAUUAAUUUACCAAGCGAUUGGUGGCAAUGCCAGUGAAUUUCUCUCAGUGGACAAAGAUACGGGACUGGUUACGUCAUUCACACCGCCACUACCACAAAACGGGACAUACCAUUAUAUAGUGGAUAUCUCCGACAAGGGCGAACCAUCGCUCAAUAGCACAAUUACGAUUUCGUUAAUUGUGGCGGUGUAUGAGGACACCUCCUUACAAAUUAUCGAUAUUUUCCCCACGGAAACCCUGAGAUUCAAUUGGACCGAGAACGUGGAAAUUCCUUCACCAUUUAUCUAUUUGAUGAACUUCACCACUAACUCAAUGUUAUCGGGAAUUGAUUUUCAUACUCCGAACUACAUCCUCGCUGAUUUCUACAUAGCCGGUUCCAAAAACGAUUAUCUCUAUGUUAACACAACCACUCUACAAAGGAAGCAAGGACAUUCUGAGACAUCAUUUGAUAGGGAAAAACAGAACCAAUAUCGCUUUAUUGUCCAGGCCAAACUUCCACAGUAUAGCAGACUUGCUGAAUUAAUCAUUGAUAUCUUGGAUGUGAAUGACAAUCCUCCUCAGUUCAUAGAUAAAGCUCAUCGUGUGGCAAUUAUUAAAGAAAACGCCAAAAACGGCACCAAACUAAAUCUUAAAUUUGCAGCAGUAGACCCGGACGAUGGAGAGAAUGCGAAAAUAGCGUACAAGAUUCCACGGGAAGAUUGUGGUGGCCUUUUCCAAUUUACAAGCGAUGGAAGGAUUUUUCUCAAUGGACAACUUGAUCAUGAGAAGAUGAAGUCCUGUAAUCUGACCUUUACGGUAUACAACAUUAACGAUGAGGUGACGAUGCAGUCCUCGGUGAAUGUCAGCAUUGAGAUUGAAGAUGUCAACGACAACACGCCAUUAUUCAAUAAUUCGGUGUAUCGUGUGUUACUCAAUGAAUCUUGGAAUGAAGGUGCUCAGAAAACACAGAUUGGCGAAGUGCUUGUUAGAGUUCCCGGUUUUUCUGUGGAUGAUGAAGAUUCCAGAGAGUAUGGAAUGGAAGGCAUUCGAUUAUCAAUACAAGAAUCUUGUCCGCUUUUGGUCAAUAAAGAUAAAGCCGAAAAUUUCAUCCUUAUGGUUAAUCAAAGUAUGACACUCGAUUAUGAGACGAAGAAAGACUAUAAUUGUACAUUGGAAGCGAAGGAUGGGGGUGGUCUCUCGUCGACUUCACUUCUGUCGAUUGAACUUCUUGACAUUAACGACAACUCUCCAGAAGCAGAUGACAUCAUACGGAGGGAAGUUCGACGUUCUAGAAACAUCAGUCACGUGAUCGUCGACGUAAUAAAUGCUACCGAUAAAGACAGUGGGGUUAACGCUUUACUUAAUUUUGCCUUUAAAUCCGGAAUCGGAAAUAAUGAUUACUUCAAGAUCAAUUCCACAAACGGUCAAAUAUCCAUUGCAAAAGACUUGUCAGGGCUUCAAGAGGACCGUAUCGUGCUGGACGUCAUUGUCAGCGACAGUGGUCAGCCUGUUCUGACUACCACAGUAAAGGUUGAGGUCAACAUAACGGAUGAUAAUGUUCGUCCGUAUUUUAACCAGACUGAGUACAAUAUCGAAGUUGAAGAAAACACACAAUUAUCGGGAUUAUUGGUGGCGGUGACAGCACUGGACAAAAAGAAAAAUGAGGAAAUGAUAUGUAAUUGUACCUAUCGUCUCAUGCACGACAAAUAUUCUGAUCCAUACAUUAUGCUUGACGGAUUGGGUGACAUAUAUGUGAAUAGGUCUCAAGCUCCGGAAUACGACAGAGAGGCUGAACCGACGGUCAAUUUGACUGUGAUAGCAGAGGACGAGGGAGGGAAAGAAGCCCAGGCAUCUGUCAUCAUCACUGUUUUGGACAAGAAUGACAACGAUCCCAAAUUUUUGAAGACUGUUUAUGAGUUUGAAAUCUUCCAGGAGGCCAGAGUACCGACUAUCAUUGGCAGAGUGCAAGCCGAAGAUAGAGAUGAGGGAGAGAAUGCAGUCACUAGAUACCAAAUCACAAACAUUACCGGCAAUUUCAACGAGAGUGUCAUUGCAAUAAAUGAAACAACAGGAGAGUUGUUCAGCAAUGGGUCUCUGGACAUCGGGUCAAUCACAGACUUCACGGAAUAUGUAACUGUAGAAGCCAUUGAUGUGAAAGAUCCCGGGCGCACGGACAGAGUCCAAGUCAAUGUUCUGGUUAGAUACAACGAUACGAACCAGAACCCACCCAAAUUUAAUGUAGAAAAUUCGGUGAUUCCCCGACGUAUUUCAAUGGCAGCUUAUUCAGAGGGAUUUCAAAUAGCCGUCUUAAAUGUAACUGAUGCAGAUUCUGGGAAAGAUGGCCAGGUCUCCUAUAGCAUAUUGGACGGAAAUGCUUUCAACAUGUUCCAAAUAGACAACACGGGAGCAAUUUCACUCAAACGAAAGGUCGAGUUCAUUGGUGAACAUGACAUAAACCUGACCGUGCAGGCUGUGGACAAAGGAGUCAAUCCAAAAGCAAGCACUAUUACUCUCGCCUGGAAGCUGCAGGGCCAGGCCUCAUGUACAGACCCUCAAUCAGCUACAGGCGGUCCCAGCGACACUGAAAAACUAUUCCAAACGGUCACGUGGGCGCUGAUUGGUGUCUGUUGUUUUCUGAUUUUGACCACUGCCAUCAGUAUUUGCGGAUGGUGCCGAUCCCGCCUCAAGGCCAAGAACGCUAGAUCUGAAUAUGGAAGUAACAGAGAGUCCUGGGGACUGAAGUAUAACACGAGUUACGGGGCUUGUCUUCCGCUCGGUAGGGACGAAUGGAAGCCGCCAGAUAUGCAGGACAGACGGAACGAGAGACCGGGUAGUACCAGCUUCGACAUCGGUGGUAGGUACCCACCAAAUCAACCAGAAGAAUUCGAUCAGAGAAAGAGUUUUAGGCUUUCUCUCUUUGAUUCGCAACCCCUGGAACCUCCGCCAUUACCAAAACCCAGGGACCCGGGAGCCCCGUUUAUCCCUAAACCAGACUAUGACUAGAAUUAUUCAGAAAAUAGAUUUAACUUAAAUUGUUUAUUACUUGAUUGUGUGUGUAUAGAUGAAACAGUAUGUGCUUGUUUAAAAGUGAAACAGCUUCUAUCUGAAUGAUGCCUGAUAGUGAACGAUUUUAAAUACAAGGAGCAUUUAAAAAUCACUGACUUCAUGUUGAUUUAUGUUCCAUUUAAUUAAUACUCAUUUUUUCCCAAUUAAACUAACACCUGAAUAUUUUA